CAUGCAUGGAGUUUUACGCGGCAAUGAACCUAAUUCGUCUUGUUCAGUUCCCUGUGUGAGUCUGAAUAAGUUUAUUUGAGUGCAAACUAAUAAUUUUCCUUAUUCUGCCCAUAUCGUCGUGUGUUUGAUGUCCAAAGAAGCCGCGAAAAUGAAUCGGAUUAUGUUGAAUUUUUUGAAAAAAGGAUCCGAUGGUGAAGGACCAACGAGUUCAAAAACAUUGCCUUCCAUAUCUAAAGCUAAGACCGUAGAAAUAUCAGAACAUGAAGACAAUAUUUCUUCGAACGACGAUGCGAACGAAUCAGUUGUUAAUGUUUCAGAUGAGGAGAUGGAUUGUUCUGAUGACACAGGUUUGUCUUAACUUGUUAUUAUCAUUUAAAAUGCUCAACAGUUCUACGUGCGUUUAAAUUAAAUGAUUAUCGAAACAAUAAAAAUUACUUUUAUACGUUGAGU